GCAGUGCACGCUCUCAGGCAGCAGCGCCGAGUUCAUCUGUUUCUGAAGCUACCAGUUGCUCUCAUCCGCUUCUUCCAUCGAGAAGGUACUGCUUGAGGCAGGUUGUUUGCCUUUGUGCCCACCGUUCCAUACACCACCCGUCGUCGCCACGCAAGAGGUCGAUUCCUCACGCCCUUUGACGCCCUUCUCCCAUCUGAUUGUCCCCGGCGGGCCCUUCCCUCGAGAUGAAAAUAAGAGAGUACUGCUGCUGUGCCGUACCCAUCGUCAAUGCAGGCAUCUAUGCCGUUCUGACCGAGCAGUUGGUUUUGGGCAUCCUCGCCGGCACGUUAGCCGUGGCAACCCCGCAUUUGGUGGGUGCUGCUACACCGUCGUUUGCGAAAUGGAUAUUUGCCAUCAUAUGUUACGUCGGGGCGGGUUUGCAGGUCCUCGGUUUCCUUGCUGUAAACCAGGAUAAGACCAUUCUGUAUCGACGAUACACCACUCUGCAUAUCAUGAUUACGAGUGCUGCGUUCUCAGUCGCUGCUGUUUGGAUCAUCAUCUCCGCCUCUCGGCAUUCGACUGCCAAAUCGACAUGUCAGACUGAUUUCUUCGCCAACGCAACUUCGGGCGCUACUUCCUCCGAGGCGGACACGCUGUGCAACAUUUUUCCAUGGGUAGACGUGGGAUUAAUGGGUGGUCUCUGGGUAGUGAUGGCCAUUGCUCAGUUCUAUUUCUACUUCGUCGUGUCAUCGUUCGGGAAAGCCCAGCGUGAAGCCAUCUCCACCUAUAACUCCAUCUACGACGCAUCGAAGCCGCUCACAAACGACAUCCCGAUGAAUGACCGAUCGGACCCAUGGGACCCACGCCGGUCUGUAGACUCCCUCGACAAUGAGGGUGGUCGGGGACGAGGGUUUUCUCACCACAGGGACGACAGCAUCCAAAGCGUAUCCACCGUCAUGGGCGACAAGAUGGAGCGCCCGACGGAUGGGUACGCGCCAGGCGGCUAUCCAAGCUAUGGUGGCGGCGACCCGUCACAGCCCGGCCGGAGAACCAGUGUACUCUCCCAGCCCAGCUACGCAUACACCCAAGACCCCGGCCCCACUCCGCGAUUCAACGAUAACUAUUAUUCAAGCAGUCGUGCUGCGGGGAUGGACAUGCCGGAGCGGGCUCAAGCUCAUCCCGGUUAGUGUCCCCCUCCCUUGCAUUCGUCUAUUGCGACGGAUCCGACUUGGCCGCAGUCGUGGCUGCUCAGGCGGCUGAGGGCUCAUUUCGCCGCAAGACCCCGCGCAUGAAGCAUCCAUCGGAUGAUUUCGAUCGCAGCUUCUUUGCAACCCGGCCUGCAUGACGGACGUUCGGAUAUAGCUACUGUGAUCCUUAUUACAUCCUCCUAAUCGGACUACCAUGGACUCGCUUUCGUACGCCUGUAUAUUAGUAACCUCCCACUGCUAUGCAUUUUGCCGUC